CAGCACCCCUUUCCAAUCUUAUACUUUAUUUUGUUGCAAUAAUUUAAAAAAUUAUGAAUAGCAUACGUACCGGCGAGUGGCAAAAGUUGGCUGUGAGCCUUGCGGAACUUUCUCUUGAUACUACAUUGCGAUGCGGACAAUCGUUUCGUUGGAAGAAGCUCAACGAGGAUGAAUGGACCUGUUCACUGCGUGGCCGAGUUAUAUCUCUAAAGCAAGAUCCAAAGCAAGAUCCAAAUCAUGUGCUGUAUAAAGUCACUUGGCCUUCCAACUCGCCCCUUGCGAAACUAUCGUCUAGCAGCAAAGGAGUCAAGGUUGAGGAUGAUUCUACCAAAGACGAUACGGAGGCUCUCUUGCGGCAGUAUUUCAAUCUUGAGCCAAACCUAACAGAAUUGUACGAGCGGUGGUCCAAGGCGGAUGCAAAUUUCAAAAAGAGAGCACCGAAGUUCACGGGGGUUCGGAUUCUGAAGCAAGAUGCUUGGGAAGCUCUGGUUGGCUUCAUUUGCAGUAGCAACAACAACAUUGCGCGGAUUUCGCAGAUGGUUAACAACUUAUGUUUAAGUUAUGGGCCUUUGAUCGGUCACGUUCAUGAUCAAGCCUUCCAUGACUUCCCUACGCCUGAAUCCCUAGCAGGCCCGGAGGUCGAGUCGCAAUUAAGGAAAUUGGGCUUCGGUUACCGGGCGAAAUAUCUCGCAAGGACAGCGGUCAUCGUAUCUAAAGAGAAGCCGGAAAACUGGCUUGAGAGUUUAAGUAACACCGAACCCUUCGAUGAAACGGAAUGGAAAACUCUUGAGCCGGGAGGACGGCCAGGCUACCGAAAAGCUCACGAAGAACUCUUAGCUUUACAAGGUGUCGGACCUAAGGUAGCAGACUGCGUGUGCUUGAUGGGCCUUGGGUGGGGCGAAUCUGUUCCAGUGGAUACACAUGUUUGGCAGAUAGCCCAACGGGACUAUAAGUUUGGAAAAGGCAAGCACAAGAGCUUGACUAAAGCUACAUACGACGCAAUCGGAAAUCACUUUCGGUUGCUAUGGGGGGAGGAAGCUGGCUGGGCUCAUUCUGUGCUCUUUGCUGCUGAUCUGAGAACAUUUGCCAUUAGGCUUACCGAAAAGACUGAGGUGCAGGAGGAGCUGCAGAUCAAAGCUGAGACCGAGGAUGGGGUAAUCGUGCAAGCGACGACGGUGGUAAAGAAGCGAGAGGCAAUCAAGGAAGAGACGAUCAAAGAAGAGACGACCGACGAUCUAAACGUGGUAUUUUCGACAACAGCCAAGCGAACUCGACGCCGAUGAGGGGGAGAGUGGAGGAUUUCGUGGGUGAAGCCCCACAACAAGCCGAUUAUCACAUGGUUUUAUAUCUCCACGUUUUGUUUCGGCAGACCCCGCUUUCUCUCUGACAAUGUGUCAGGAUGGAUCAUUAGAAUCUAUCCCGCUUUCUAAGUAGUAGGAAAUAUUUGGUGUGCUUGAUUUGAAGGCGGAAACGAGUCAUCCGCGUAAGAUAUUCUCACCGACAUGUUUUGUUCCAAACGAGGACGUUGUCAAGGGGGUUUGAGUUUGGAUCUGGACAAGAACCGUCACAAUUUCCGGCAGUCCGUGCGUAAGAUUGGGAUAAGAGCGUUUGAGUUACCUGAUGUGGACAUGCCCUGUAACAGUCUGGUGUAAGCCCUGACGUUUUGCCAGGCCAUUCUACGAAAGUAGACGAAGGCCAGGCAAGGGUGAGAAAGGGGGAAGGGAAAUGGGAAGAGAAACAAUUUUCUGUUCAAACAAAGUACUUCCGUAGUCAAGUAGCAAAGUGGCAUCGCUUACCGGCGAUAAUUCCAAUAUUUCUCAGCCAAGCAAAUAAACAGUUUGGGCCAAGCACACAUAGACAAGGCAGUAC